AUGCCAAGACCAGUGAGGGUGCUUCCUACUGAGCUGGAGAUGUUUGAUGACCGUCCAAGAAAACCCGACGGGAAAAUAACAUUCAAGUGGUUGGAAGCCGAUGACCCAGACUCUAAGGUCACAAAAGACAUGAAGCAUGUUGUCGUAAGGCAUGCUACUGAAGCUGCAUUAGCCCAUAUGCAACAUCUGGAGGAAGAAGAGAAACUGCACAAACAACAAGUGGAAAUCCUGAAAGCAAAUUACAAGAAGUACGAGGUGGCGGAUGGUGUGAUAAGCGAUGGGACAGCUCAGUGUGUGGCGAAGAGAUACGGUAUGAGAGUUGCAGAUGAUUGA